AAGCCCCGCGUAAUUGAAAAAAAAAGAGCGGCUAUUUCGGUACCAGUCAAAUUUUUGGGAGCUCUUCAAAUAGAGGACAUCCAAAUUCGAAUCACUUCAACCCCAUAUUCGACUCACAUCCCAUUACCAGGCGGAGCUUCAAAAUGAGUUACACGGUGGGAAAUCCCUCGCAAGGUCAGAUUCGAAGUGGCCCUGCUGCUGCAGUGUCAGAGGUGAAUGAGAAUGAUUACAAUCAGAGCUUGGACGACCUUGAACCAGAACAGACAUUCCUCUCUUCACAGCCAGUGGGAACUCAGGACACCAGCACUGGGGGCAGCGGCAAACAAACUUCGACGACAAAGUCCGGUUGUAGUAAAAAGUGUAAGGUCGAUGGUCCUGACUCUGCACUGAUGGAGUUCCUAGCUAAUCUUCACCAUGAUACUAACUCCCGUUUGGAAGUGAUUUCGGCAAGGAUUGGAUAUGAGUUUGAUCUUGGGGAGGCUAGGAAAGUUGUGUUUGAUAAGCUGGGUACUGUCGAUGGACUCACACUCGCCCAGAAGUAUCGACUGUGUAAUAUCCUAGGCGAUAAACCACAACGGAUGGAGGUAUUUAUGGGCAUGCCAGCAGACACUCAUCUUGGGUACCUGUUUAUGCUUAUUGAGGACAAUGACAAUGUGGCUUGAAUGGAGUUGGAUCAGUGAUUUUGGAUGCCAUUCUCUGCUUACUUUAGGUAGCUAUAUAUGAUGCAUAUGUUGUGAUAUUUCUAGCGACCUCUAGGAUAUUGAUGGCGUUUGAACGUAGCUUGCAUUUGGUGGUCAUUUUGAGGCUACGUUAACAUAUAUGUGUAGCCAUUAAUGAACUACUGUUUUUUGUGCAACAGACACACAUGUGUAGUAACUGUGUGUAGUUUUCAUCUACUAAUAGAUUACGGAUUAUAUUACUCCGUUGUGGUCA